AUGGCCUCCUGGCAGAGACGAUGCGAGCCCAUGAGAGAAGGCAGAGCACCACAACCAUUCAUGCAAGAAGGGGUAAUUACAAUCCUAGCAAUUUUGGAGAUCUUGUUCAGACCUGACGGUAUUGGUACUCAAGCCGGUAGUUCAGGUGCAAGAGAGGGAAAAUCAUGA